AUGGGAGCCGCUGGUUCGCGCGAGACGGCGGCAGCGGCGCGGGCGUUUGUCGACCGCGUCACGACGGAGCACAGCGUCACGGUCUUCAGCAAGACGUACUGCCCGUAUUGUACCAUGGCCAAAGAUGUGCUGAACGAGGCGGAUGUUCAGUACCACGUGGUCGAGCUGGACACGAUGACUGGUCAUGAGUUUUCGGGCGCUGACGUUCAGAAUGCACUGGCGACUGCAACUGGCCGUAGGACAGUGCCCAAUGUCUUUAUCAAGAAGGAGUCGAUCGGCGGCGGCACAGACGUGCAGGCUCUGUUCCAGUCAGGCAAGUUGAUCGACAUGCUGCGGUCGGCAGGCGCGCUGUGA